AGCCUGGCCCCACAAUGUUGGAAUUGGGCUCCUGUUCAGUCAGCGCUCAGACCCUGGCGGACCACAAUGCUCUUGGGGUGCCCCAGCUGGCCAGGGUGGGGGUGUCAGGGAGCAGCACCCCACACCGCUACAUUCUCCAUCCCGAGUCAGAGAACUGGCACAAGGACCGUCUUGGCCUGGCCACCGGCUCCCACUCCUGCUCCCUAAUGGAACCCCAGAGCCUGUCAGACAGCCUGCUCUCCCACACAGCCAUCAUCGACACUCUCUACCUCCCCCACAAUGCCCAUGCCCCCCGUGGCCUCUCCCUGGAUGUGGACAGCUCCUACAACGGGGUCGAGGGAGUGCUGGGGAUGGACCCCGACCGGCCCGUCAGUCCCAUCGUCAUUAAGCGCCGCCGGGGGGGCCUCAUCGAGCAGCGGGACAUCGUUAAGGCCCACCAGGCUCACAAGAUCCAGAGCACCCCACAAGCCCUGCGCAAGGAAUGGGAAAUGUCCCGGUUCGGAGACAACGUUCCCGCCAUGUUGGGCUCCGGGGAUGGGGGCUCCAAGCGCAACAGGACCCGGGAGGGAGCACCUGUAUCUACAGGUGGUGGAGUUUCCCCAGCCUUUAAACAGACCAAAGCGCAGAGAGCUCGCACCAUGGCCCUGUACAACCCCAUCCCUGUCAGACAGAACUGUUUCACCGUCAAUAGAUCACUCUUCAUUUUCGGGGAGGACAACAUUGUUCGGAAGUACGCAAAGAAGGUCAUAGAGUGGCCUCCGUUUGAGUACAUGAUCCUCGCCACCAUCAUCGCCAACUGUAUCGUCCUGGCCCUGGAGCAGCACCUGCCCGGAGAGGACAAGACCCCCAUGUCUAAGAGACUGGAAAAGACAGAGCCUUACUUCAUUGGGAUGUUCUGCUUUGAAGCUGGGAUUAAAGUGGUGGCAUUGGGAUUUGUAUUCCAUAAAGGCUCCUACCUGAGAAAUGGCUGGAACGUCAUGGAUUUCAUUGUGGUUCUGAGUGGGAUUCUGGCCACAGCGGGAGCUCACAUGAACAUCCCAGUGGACCUGCGGACCCUGAGGGCCGUCCGUGUACUCAGACCCCUCAAACUGGUCUCUGGAAUCCCUAGCCUGCAGAUAGUCCUGAAAUCUAUCAUGAAAGCCAUGGUGCCGCUGCUCCAGAUUGGCCUGCUGCUCUUCUUCGCCAUUCUCAUGUUUGCCAUCAUCGGCCUGGAGUUCUACAGCGGGAAGCUCCACAGCACCUGUCUGCCCAUGCCCAAUAUCCUAGAGAAUGAGACGGUGGACAAGUCUGAGUCAGAGUUCCCGUGUGGGGUAAGGAAGUGCCCUGACAAGUACACCUGCCAUGACACCUGGAUCGGCCCCAACGACGGCAUCACCCAGUUUGACAACAUCCUGUUUGCUGUGCUCACUGUCUUCCAGUGCAUCACCAUGGAGGGCUGGACCACCGUGCUCUACAACACCAAUGAUGCUUUAGGCCCCACUUGGAACUGCAUGUACUUCAUCCCUCUGAUAAUCAUUGGCUCCUUCUUCGUGUUGAACCUGGUAUUGGGAGUGCUCUCAGGAGAGUUUGCCAAAGAGAGGGAGCGGGUUGAGAAUCGCAGGGCGUUCAUGAAGCUGCGGAGGCAACAGCAGAUUGAGAGGGAACUCAAUGGCUACCGGGCCUGGAUUGACAAAGCAGAGGAGGUGAUGCUUGCAGAGGAUAAUAAGAAUUCAGGACCGUCUGCUCUUGAUGUGCUGAAGAGGGCCACAAUCAAGAGGAGAGAGGAGAGGAGAGGACUGGACCAGCAGUAUGGUGACAUCUCUUCUGUGGGCAUCCCGAUGACCAGAGCCAGCAUCAGGAGUGCUAAGAGAGGACCCACCGCUUAUUUGAAGCGUAAGGAGCGUCUGCUGCGGAUCUCUCUCCGCCGCAUGGUGAAGACACACAUCUUCUACUGGACCGUACUGGGCCUGGUGGCCCUCAACACACUCUGUGUUGCCAUCGUCCAUCACAACCAACCCCACUGGCUGUCUGUGUUCCUCUACUAUGCAGAGUUCCUCUUUCUGGGUCUGUUUCUCACUGAAAUGUGUUUAAAGAUGUACAGCCUGGGACCCAGACUCUACUUCCACUCCGCCUUCAAUCGCUUCGACUGCGGGGUGAUAGUGGGAAGCAUCUUUGAGGUGAUGUGGGGAUUCUUCAGGCCUGGCAUGUCCUUUGGCAUCAGUGUGCUGCGUGCGCUCCGUCUGCUGAGGAUAUUCAAGAUCACCAAGUACUGGGCGUCGCUGAGGAACCUGGUGGUAUCCCUGAUGAAUUCUAUGAAAUCAAUCAUCAGCCUCAUUUUCCUCCUCUUCCUCUUCAUCCUGGUCUUUGCUCUGCUGGGCAUGCAGCUCUUUGGUGGCAGGUUCAUCUUUGAAGACUACACUCCUACAAACUUUGAUACUUUUCCUGCAGCCAUCAUGACUGUAUUUCAGAUUCUGACAGGAGAAGACUGGAAUGAGGUGAUGUACAAUGGGAUCCGCUCCCAGGGAGGAGUGAAGUCAGGAAUGUGGUCCUCCAUAUACUUCAUUGUACUCACACUCUUUGGUAACUACACGCUGUUGAAUGUUUUCUUGGCCAUCGCUGUGGACAAUCUGGCCAAUGCCCAGGAACUAACCAAGGAUGAAGAGGACGAAGAGGCUGCUUUCAAUCAGAAACAUGCUCUCCAGAAAGCAAAGGAAGUAGGGGCCAUGUCUUCCCUGAUGUCAUCAGACAGGAGGAGGAGACCCUACCUGUAUAGGAAAAGAGCGAUACACAGGAGCCGGCCUGCCUACUCUCUGGAGGAGGCUGAGAGCCUCGCCGAGGGGCCCCCAUGCCCGCCACUGAAUUCCUCUAACUCUUUCAUGUCCAGGAGGGAGAGGAGUAGACGGAUGACCAUGUCUGUGUGGGAGCAGAGAACCAGCCAACUGCGCAGGCACCGGCAGAUGUCCAGCCGAGAGAUCCUCUUCAGCAACCCCAGUGAGGAGCAGGAAGCGCCCUCUGGCUGUCCCCACCACCUCAAAGCAACAGGCACACCCACAGGCAGCCUGAAGCUGGCUGAUCCCACAGCUGACCCUAAGGACUUCACAGCUAAGCCCCCAAAGCCCAUGGAGAUGCCCCUAGAGGAACCAGCCCUGUCCAUGGGUGUCCCUGAGCCCCACUUAUCCAGCCCUUUACCAGAGCCACCUGAUCCCACUGACACGCCCCUGCCGGACUCCCCCACGUCCACAGCUGUGUUCAUACCGGAGCUUACAGAAUCUGAGCCAUGCCCAGACGGCAAGCGUGGCAUCCCCAACCACUGCCACCAAGGCUUCAAUGGCCGCAGGAGCCCCUGGUUGAAUGGGGAGAGAAGGCAGAGAGCGGUGCGUAAGUUCCGCCCUCCUGCUGGUGACACCCUGACCACUGACAUGGAAGGUAUGAGGCUCAGGAGGCCACAGGGCACAGGGCACUGUGAGGCUCAGGCUGGGGCCAGAGGCCUGGACUCACCUCAGGCGGAGGGCAGCAGUCGCUCUGUCAGCAUGGAGAGGAAGACCCCAGAGGACCCAGUGGAGGAGGUGAGGAAAGACGGUAACAAGGGAGAAACCAGCCAACCUUCCAAGACCAGGGAGGCUGAACACAGACAGAGGGACCAUGAUCAGACUGGGGGUCCUGAGCUGCAGAACAGGGAGGAGGGUCUACAGUCAGAUCCACCCACCCUGCAGCCAUCUCAGGCUGCAGUUCUGGCACUACCAGAGGGCCCCACAGGAGACAGUGAGACCGAUAGCAAUGCCACCACUCUGAACCAGUCCCCUCUGAGUUCCAGUGUCGUCAUCGAGGUGACCGAUGUCCAGUUGUCACUAGAGCUCACCCCCAUCACAGGCAACAGUAAAGAUGUGGAGGCGUCCAAGCCUGAGAAGGACGAGGAAGAGGUGGCCAACCCAGUCAAUACUGUCACACCUGACAGUAUGUUCAUCUUCAAACCUGACAAUCCGAUCCGCCGGGCCUGUCACUAUGUGGUGAUGCGUUACUUUGAGAUGUGCAUCCUGCUGGUGAUCGCUGCCAGCAGUAUCGCCCUCGCUGCAGAGGACCCCGUUUCAGCCACCUCCGACUGGAAUAAAGUUUUGCGUUACUUUGACUACGUGUUCACAGGUGUCUUUACCUUUGAAAUGAUAAUAAAGAUGAUAGACCAGGGCUUGAUUCUCCAUGACGGCUCCUACUUCCGGGACCUGUGGAACAUUCUAGACUUUAUCGUGGUGGUCGGAGCUCUGGUUGCCUUCGCCCUCACGAAUGUGCUGGGAAAUAAUAAAGGACGGGACAUCAAAACCAUCAAGUCUCUUCGGGUGCUGCGCGUCCUGAGGCCCCUGAAGACCAUUAAGAGACUACCGAAACUCAAGGCAGUGUUUGACUGUGUGGUGACCUCUCUGAAGAACGUCUUCAACAUCCUCAUCGUCUACAAGCUCUUCAUGUUCAUUUUCGCUGUCAUCGCUGUGCAGCUGUUCAAGGGGAAGUUCUUCUACUGCACUGACGGAUCCAAAGACACAGAGAAGGACUGCCAGGGCUUCUACAUAAACUAUGAGAAAGACAAGCAGGAGGUGAAGAGGAGGGAGUGGAGGAGACAUGACUUUCACUAUGACAAUAUAGUCUGGGCCCUGCUCACUCUGUUCACCGUCUCCACUGGGGAAGGCUGGCCACAGGUCCUGCAGCACUCUGUGGAUGUGACAGAGGAGGACAGAGGACCCAGCCAGGGCAACAGGAUGGAGAUGUCCAUCUUCUAUGUCAUCUACUUUGUGGUCUUCCCCUUCUUUUUCGUCAACAUAUUUGUGGCUCUCAUCAUCAUCACCUUCCAGGAGCAGGGAGACAAGAUGAUGGAGGAGUGCAGCUUGGAGAAGAAUGAGAGGGCUUGCAUUGACUUUGCCAUAAGUGCCAAACCCCUGACCCGCUACAUGCCUCAGAACAGGCAGACGUUCCAGUACCGCCUCUGGCACUUUGUGGUCUCCCCCUCCUUUGAGUACACCGUGCUGGCCAUGAUUGCACUCAACACCAUUGUCCUGAUGAUGAAGUAUUACUCAGCCCCACCAGUGUACGAGGCUGUGCUGAAACACCUGAACACAGCCUUCACUGUGCUCUUCUCUGUGGAGUGUGUCCUCAAGAUCAUGGCAUUUGGCUUUCUGAACUACUUUCGAGACACUUGGAAUAUAUUUGACUUCAUCACGGUGUUGGGCAGCAUCACAGAAAUAGUGGUGGACCUGCAGUCAAUUGAGACCUUCAACAUGGGUUUCCUGAAGCUGUUCCGAGCUGCUCGACUGAUCAAGCUGUUGAGGCAGGGUUACACCAUUCGCAUCCUGCUCUGGACCUUUGUCCAGUCCUUUAAGGCUCUCCCCUACGUCUGUCUGCUCAUUGCCAUGCUCUUCUUCAUAUAUGCAAUCAUCGGAAUGCAGGUUUUUGGAAACAUCAGACUGGAUGAGGAGACUCACAUCAACCAACACAACAACUUCAAGACCUUCUUUGGUGCUCUGAUGUUGCUAUUCAGGAGUGCCACGGGGGAGUCGUGGCAGGAGAUCAUGCUGUCAUGUUUAGGGGGGCAGAAGUGUGAGCCAGACCCCUUAGCUCUAACAUCAGACCAUGAGGAGCGCUGUGGAACUGAGUUUGCCUACUUCUACUUUGUUUCCUUCAUCUUCUUCAGCUCAUUUCUGAUGCUGAAUCUGUUUGUGGCUGUGAUCAUGGACAACUUUGAGUACCUCACCCGGGAUUCUUCCAUCUUGGGGCCUCAUCAUCUGGAUGAGUUUGUUCGUAUCUGGGGUGAAUACGACCGAGCUGCUUGCGGGCGUAUUCAUUACACUGACAUGUACGAGAUGCUGACUGAUAUGUCGCCACCUCUUGGCCUCGGAAAGAAAUGUCCCUCCAAAGUGGCUUAUAAGAGGCUGGUGCUGAUGAACAUGCCCGUGGAUGAGGAGAUGUCUGUUCACUUCACCUCCACCCUCAUGGCCCUGAUCCGAACUGCCCUGGAGGUCAAGAUAGCCAGAGGAGGGGAGGACAGGGGGCAGAUGGAUUCAGACCUACAGAAGGAGAUCAGCAUCAUCUGGCCACACCUUUCUCAGAAGACGCUAGACCUGCUCGUCCCCAUCCACAAAGCCAAUCAUAUGACCAUUGGGAAGAUCUACGCAGCUAUGAUGAUCAUGGACUACUACAAGCAGAGCAAAGCCAAGAAGCUCAGGCAACAGCUGGAGGAGCAGAAACACGCUCCCAUGUUCCAGCGUAUGGACGCGUCCACUCUGCCUCAGGACAUCCUCUGCAGUGCCAAAGCCCUCCCCUUUCUGACCCACAGCGCUGGAUCUGCCCUGACCAGAGGAGGGUUUGUGGCCUUGAGUCCCAUCUCCCCUCAGGAGAUGUUCAUGCAGCCCAUGUCCCAGGACCUUGAGGAUAAAGAGGAGGACUACCACCACUAUCACCACCACCACCACCAGCUCCACACUCUGGUUCCGGAGCGCAAAGAGUUUAACCGCAUCCUUUGCCCUACUAACAGGCAGGAUGCCCCACUCAAGGUGCCCGGGUGGGCAGUCUCUAUCCGAGCCUCGUCUAUGCCUCAGCUGGCUGUAGACACACAGGUUGGGACGGACAGCAGCAAAUUGAUGAAACGCUCCUUCUCCACUAUUGGUGAUCAGUGCGUAAAUGGGCUGUGGCAGGAGGAGUACUCUCUGGAGAGGGUCAGUUCUGACCGUCUGUAUAGACCACGACAGAGGAGCAUCAGAGGCAUCAGGUCCAACCUCAGGGAACCAGUGGAUCAAGAGCGGGGGCGCUCCAAAGAGCGGCGCCACCUGCUGUCUCCCGACGUGUCCCGCUGCAACUCUGAGGAGCGGGGCCAGGACACGUCACAGGAACGCAAGCAGUCCCGCUCCCCCAGCGAGGGACACGCACAUGUCCACCAUAGACAGGGCAACACUUCAGGCAGCCCAGGCCCGUCUCACUCCGAGUCCAGCACACCCAGUGGCCGUCGGCAGCUCCCCCAGACGCCAUCGCGGCCACGCCUUCACAUCUCCUACUCCCCCCUGAUAUGCCGAGCCCACCCCUCCCCCCCUGCUGUCAGCGAGGGCAGAGCCCAGACCCAGGAGGCCCCUAGAGAGACGGAGGAGCCCUUGUGGAGGGAGGAAGGGGAGAGGCCAGCCCAGGUGGCAGGAGGAGGAUCGGGGGUGGGGGUGGUAGUAGGGGUGAGUGACCCAGGGUUAGGGGUCAGUCACCCACAUCCCUCCCCUCACCGGUACAUCUCGGAGCCAUACCUGCCCCUGCACGAGGAGUUCCACAGCCCAGACUCCUCAGGCCUGGAGGAGACUCUGACCUUCGAGGUGGCCAUUGCAACCAGUCUGGGUCGGGCCAACACCAUCAGCUCUGCCCCCCAGCUCAGACACAACUGGCAGGUCCCCAACGGACACUUCCAUAAACGCCUGGCUCAAGCCAGCUCUGUGGCCGCCUGCGAGCUCCUGUGUGACACCGACGAGGAUGACCGCUGUUAGGGCCGGGACUGGGAGAGGAAGAGGAGGAAGAUGGACAGCAAAACUGGGUACCAGAGAGACAGGGGUCCUCAGUCUGAAGUACACUGUCAGGGCGUGUACUGAGUGUGCAUCUGUCUGUGUGUGUGUGUGUGUGUGUGUGUAGGAGUGCAAUAUGUUUGCCAAAUCAAUAAGACAGGGAAGAUAUGGGAAGUGCACUGCUGACGUACAGUGCAAAAGUUCACCAGUUGCAUUUUGAUUGUUGUUUGAACAAAGUCGAAUAACUGGGGAGAAUGUAUCCUCACUGCUUAGACCUAUGAAAAAUAAUAAGUAUGUUUCAAGUACAGUAUGUAGCUGAAAAUAGCAUGUGAGACUGAAGUAGCAGGAAUGUAUUAAAAUUGUUCUCUUUUCCUCAUGUAAGAUAAGAAGAAAGCUCUCAAUUGUUAGAUCUUUGUGGAUCAUGAAACAGUGAUUGGUGUGUAGGGAUCCGAAGCAGACAUUGGCUGUCACAACAUACACUGCUUUAAAACAACCCAGCUAGCACAUUUGGUUGCUUGGAAAUUGUGGCAACGAAAGUUCUUGGUCCUGGCAACGAAGCCAUAAGUUUCUUCACCAGUAAAAUGCAACGUUUUUUCAACAUUCUGAGAAUGGAGGUGAAAAUAUUGUCUCUUAUGGGAAAGUACAUUUUUAGGUUAUAGAGAGGAUCUGAGAACAUUUUACUAUGGUUACCUGAAAGUUUUAUUAACGUUCUGAGAACGUAAAUUAUAGGUAGUUUUACUGUUUUGAACUCCAAGCACAGAUAGGACAUUCAUGAGGCAUUAAUCAUGCAAACACAUUUCUUUUUUUAUUGUGGCACAGCGCCAGUGAGAUUCAAACCUAUAAUCCUCUGUUUUCUAUUCAUGGAAUUAGUCCACUGUGCCACCAGGAUGCAGUUAGCAUGCCAUGUUUUUUUAAAACUCAUACAAAGCUGUUAAUUUUAGUCUAUUCAAAAGACCCUAUUUCAAAGGAAACAAGCACUUAUUAAGAUCAGGUGUGGCUCAUUAGUGGUCAUGGUCAACACACCUGAACACACUUAAGAGUAUAGAGAGAGUUUUGUUGAUGCUGUGAACAGAAUGUACAGUAAAAAGUUUGGACACACCUACUCAUUUCUUUAUUUUGGCUAUUUUCUACAUUGUAGAGUAAUAGUGAAGACAUCAAAACUAUGAAAUAACAUAUGGAAUCAUGUAGUAACCAAAAAAGAGUUGAACAAAUCCAAAUAUAUUAUAGAUUUUAAAUUAUUCAAAGUAGCCACCCUUUGCCUUGAUAACAGCUUUGCACACUCAACCAGCUUCAUGAGGAAUGCUUUUCCAACGGUCUUGAAGGUUUUCCCACGUAUGCUGAGAACUUGUUGGCUUCUUUUCCUUGAUUCUGCGGUCCAACUCAUCCCAAACCUUCUCAAUUGGGUUGAGGUCAGGUGAUUGUGGAGGCCAGGUCAUCUGAUGCAGCCCUCCAUCACUAUCCUUCUUGGUCAAAUAGCCCUCACACAGCCUGGAGGUGUGUUCUGGGUCAUUGUCCUGUUGAAAAACAAAUGAUAGUCCCACUAAUCGCAAACCAGAUGGGAUGGCAUAUCGCUGCAGAAUGUUGUGGUAGCCAUGCUGGUUAAGUGUACCUUGAAAUCUAAAUAAAUCACCAACAGUGUCACCAGCAAAGCACCCCCACACCGUCACACAUCCUCCUCCAUGCUUCACGUUGGGAACCACACAUGCGGAGAUCAUCCGUUCACGUACAGUACUCUGCGUCUCACACGGUGGUUGGAACCAAAAAUCUCAAAUUUGGACUCUUCAGACCAAAGGACAUAUUUCCACCGGUCUAAUGUCCAUUGCUCGUGUUUCUUGGCCCAAGCAAGUCUCUUCUUAUUAUGGGUGUCCUUUAGUAGUGGUUUCUUUGCAGCAAUUUGACCAUGAAUGCCUGAUUCCCACAGUCUCCUCUGAACAGUUGAUGUUGAGAUGUGUCUGUUACUUGAACUAUGUGAUUUAUUUGGGCUGCAAUCUGAGGCAGGUAACUCUAAUUAACUUCAUCAUAGCGCUUGACUGACCUUCAUGUCUUAACCCUUGUGAUGUCUUAAGGGUAAAAAAUGACCCGCCACUAUGUUUAACAGCAGAGAAAACCCCCUAAAUUAUAUUUUGUCAACUUGAAAUUUGAUUGAGUGACCCCAACAUUAGAAAAAGUGAAACAUCGUCUUUGUUCAUAUUUCAAAGAAAGCUGUGUACACCACCAGGGUACAAAGAUGGUCUAAUAGGCUGACCACACCGCUUGCGUUGCGUGCACGAGCGUCGCAAAAUAAAUGUAGAAAUCCACGUUAUUAAAUGAUUGCACCCACACUGCUCACGCGCACCAACGAGUGUCUGCGUUGCCAAAGGCUAAAAUAGAAAUCGUUUCUAUUUCUGACGCUAUUUCUGACGAAGUCCUGCCACUCCCAUUGGUUUGUAGAAGCAGGUACCCACGUGCCAUCUCCUCACUGGUUAUACCCGCGUGGGUGACUGAAGACGAACGAGGUCGAGGCGAGGCUAUACAAGUGCUAUCUCUUGCAAAAAAAUAUGUUUACACCUAUGCAGUACCUUUUGCAGUAGUAAUAAUAAUAAUAAACCUCUACUUUAGUAAGGAAAACAAUUAUGACAGGUGUGUUAAAAACGAGUGGUGUCCACUGGUGCAGUCAAUGCAGUCUUUCUGCAUUGUGAAGAGUGACAGGUGGCAGGUUGUUUCUUCAUGCAAAAUAGAUUUGGGGUUUAAAAUUCAAUUAAGCUGCUUUAUUUUAGGGGUUUAAUGAAGGCGGGUCAUUUUUUACCCUUAGGACAAAGGGAGUAUACAGAAUGCUAAGACUACACAAGGGAUGUUUUAAAGUAAUGAUGGACUGUCAUUUCUCUUUGCUUAUUUGAGCUGUUCUUACCAUAAUAUGGACUUGGUCUUUUACCAAAUAGGGAUAUCUUCUGUAUACCACCCCUACCUUGUCACAACACAAUGGAUUGCCUCAAAUGCAUUGAGGAAAGAAAUUUCAGAAAUGAACUUUUAACAACUCACACCUGUUAAUUGAAAUGCAUUCCAUGUGACUACCUCAUGAAGCUGGUUGAGAGAAUACCAAGAGUGUGCAAAGCUGUCAUCAAGGCAAAGGGUGGCUAUUUUGAAGAAUGUAAAAUAUAUUUUGAUUUGUUCAACACUUUUUUGGUUACUACAUGAUUAUAUGUGUGUUAUUUCCUAUUUUAUUAUUCUACAAUGUAGAAAAUAGUCAAAAUAAAGAAAACCCCUUGAAUGAG